AUGUCCAGAAAUAACGACCUUCCUCAAGUCAAUCCUCAACCGAACCCCAAAUCCCGGAAGUCUCAGCAAAAACUCGUCCGACAGCGACUUGCGGAGGCGGCGCUUGGAAGGACUAGUGAUGCGACGAUCUUCGCAGAAUGCGUAUGCGGAAGACAGUCAGCAACAGAAGGCGCAUAUACUGCUCAUAUCCAAAGAUGUGCAGAGUACAUCACCCUCAGCACCCAGGCGGUCGAAGAAAACCGGGGAAGACUGGCAGGUGCGGAUCCGGAAAAGCCGCUAGUAGAGGCCCACACCCAGCAGAUCAACAAGCGACCACGAUUAGAAGCGACACGUCCAGCGCCAAACUGGUUUGAUAGCAACAACCUGGAUGUGGACUACGGCUCUGAUGACCUUCAUCUUAUCGAGAAGGAUGAUUUGGAGGAGGGGAGUUCAACGUUUGACGAUUUGGCAGAAGAGGUAGUUGCCCAGGACACUCACGCCUCACCGCCUCGAGAACACAGUCGAGGGAAAAGAAAGCCAAAGCCCAUCUGGCUAAGUUCUCGCUACGCCGACUACCUCCCGUCGUCUACCGUUCCUUUUACGAUCGCCGGACCCGCCCAGAGCCACCCCGAGGUCACCUCGCAACCUCGCAACCCCGUCGAGGAACCCUCUUCUUCAUCCGCCCAACCUCUGCCCGAAUUACGUAUUCGUGAAACAGCUCCCAAUGUGUUUGGGCUGUACAAACGAUUCCAGACUAUGGAGGAUCAACCUCACGAUCCCGACCUAUUUGCCACUCCAUCCGACCUACACGACGACGAAUCGGCCCCGAUUCCUCCCCCUCCGGAGGAGCUGGGCAGCGACGCCAACCCGCUUCAUCCUUUCCCCAACCUGAGUUCUGACGACAAGGAGGAAUGGGUAGACGAUGAUGGCACCGCUUGGGUCACCGGCGAGGUCACUAUCGACGUUCCUUUGCGGUCGAAGCACACCAAACGCGGAAGCAUCCCUUACACCAUCAACGAUUUCACCUACCGUCCACUGAUGUCUGUCAUCAGGGACAAGCUAUCUGACGCAAAGCAUGGAGAACACUUCCACUAUGUCCCUUACGAACUCCGUUGGCAGCCAGGUGAAGGCAAGGAGAACGUCCAAGUGCACGGGGAGCUAUAUACAUCCGCGGCCUUUCUCGACGAGUACGGAAAACUUCUCAAGUCUCCAAAGGAACCCGGUUGCGACCUUCCUCGGUACAUCGUUGGGCUGAUGUUUGGCUCUGAUGCUACCAUGCUAGCCCAGUUUGGGAGCGCAAAAGCCUGGCCGGUGUACAUGUUCUUCGGGAACGACUCGAAGUACCGGAGAUGUAAACCGUCCACUAAGCUCGGGGAGCAUAUUGCUUUUUUGGAGAAGCUCCCCGAUGCCUUCAAAGACUUCUACCUCGAGGCGUCCGGAAAGGAUCGUAUUGACCCGGCCCUCCUUACCCACUGUGAACGGGAGCUGUUCCAUGCGCAAUGGCGCCUUCUCCUCGAUGACGAGUUCAUCGAGGCCUACCGGCACGGCAUUGUCGUAGACUGUCCCGAUGGUCGUAAGCGGCGUUUCUACCCCCGCAUUUUUACCUAUUCUGCAGAUUACCCGGAGAAAAUUGUGGUUGCCAGUAUCCGCAACCUUGGUAGAUGUCCUUGUCCCCGGUGUCUCAUACCCUUGGAUGAAGUGCACCUAAUGGGACAGGUUAAAGAUAUACAAAACCGAGACAAAAAGAAGCGCGUCGAUGACCAAAAGCGUCGCCGGUUGAUUGCAGACGCGCGAAACCGCAUCUACCUCGAUCGUGUUCCGGUCACUAGCGUCAAAGUUAAUCGUCUCCUUCAAAAUAUGUCUUUAGUGCCGACAAGGAACGCCUUCUCCGAACGACUGUCGCCCUUUGGUUUCGACUUUCAUCAAAUGGUGGUCGUCGACAUCCUCCACGAGGUCGAUGCGGGUGUUUGGAAGUAUAUAUUCGUACAGUUACUCCGCUUGCUGGAGGCUGUACAGAGUGGACAGGUUAAUGAGCUGGACAAACGUUAUCGUCUCAUUCCCACCUUUGGUGCGGAUACCAUCCGCCGUUUUCGCAACAAUAUAUCCGAAAUGAAGCAACUGGCCGCGCGAGAUUUCGAAGACAUGCUUCAGUGCGCUAUCCCUGUCUUUGAAGAGCUUAUGCCAUCACCUCAUAAUCGAAGAAUCAUGCGGAUGCUAUUUUCAUUGGCCCACUGGCAGGCCCUGGCAAAACUCCGGCUUCAUACUUCCCAUACGCUCGCGCUGCUUGAGAAGUGGACACGGAUUUUGGGCGACGAUGUUCGAGAGUUCGAGUCUAAGACCUGUAGGGAGAUCGCGACCACGGAGCUCGCUCGCGAGUUCCAGGCUAGGCAGCGUCGAGAACUGGCCAAAGCUCAAGAAAAGAGGAAAGGUGUUCCGACGAAAUCGACUUCUGCCACUUCUGGGCAGAAUGAGAUGCAUUCCCGGGCCACCGACGAGGGAGGAGCGGCACGGAAGGGAAAAGAGAAGGCUGCCAUGGUUGAUGUGCCCCCACCAACUCCGGGACCUUCACGUGUCCACCACACCGACGCAGGAGGCGCAUCGAUUGAAGAUCGGCGGCAAUCGGUCGUAGUACCAGACCCAUCCGAGUCUAUGGAAGUGAACGGCACUAGGCCGCCUUCGCCGACAGCGAAAGAAAUGCGUCGCUACAAGACGUUGAACCUGAAGACCUCGAAGUGGCAUUCAUUUGGUGAUGUCGUGAAGCAUAUCAAGCUUUUUGGAACAACGGACUCUUAUUCCACCCAGUUGCCCGAGCUAUACCACAAAUUCUCGAAACGUCGCUACAAGAGAACAAACAAGAAGCGUGUAGCCUUACAGCUCGCAAGAAUACACAUGCGGCAGAGCCGAAUCGCCCGAAUUCGUCGGCGACUAUUCCCAAAUCCCGGCGAAGAGGGAUUCCCAGAGGAAGAAUUGAAUGAAUCUCAUUUCAUUGGAAAGUCUCAGAACCGCCCAGUACCUCUCCGCUCGUUUGCUCGUGGAGAGGCCGAUGGAACCCAAGACCCUGCCUAUCGAAACUUCGUCUGGAAACUCCGCAAGCAUCUGUACCCGAGGGUCAUCCAUACCCUCCUUCAGGAAGCCACCACUGCGCACGCCAAUAGACCAACACCCAGUCUCGCCCAGAGCAUAGAAAAGCUUACCGCUUUGAAAGAAGACGCUGACAGUAACGGACCGUCUGUGGACAACAACGCAUGUCACGUACUUUUUCAGCCUGAACGCAUCUACGCCCACAGUCGAUUUGUCAAAAACUUCACUACCUACGAUUUACGACGAGGCCAGGACGUGAUUAACCCCAACAGCUCGAGACGAAACGUCAUGUGCAUCAGAGACCGCACCCGGACCGCCAUCUUCGAAAACGACGGCAGCGGUGCCUUCGACGCUGGUAGUCGCUUUCACUACGCACGCGUCCUCGGCGUGUAUCAUGCCAACAUCAUCUACAACGGCCCUGGGUCCCUGGACCUCAGGUCGCGUCGUUUCGAGUUUCUUUGGGUCCGUUGGUACGAGCAUUGUGGGAAGGGUAGCUGGGACUCCAAGCAGCUAGACCGCCUCAGGUUUACACCACUCACCGAGGCUGAAUUUGACCCCGACACAAUCGGAUUCCUGGCGCCGGAGUACGUUCUUCGCGGCUGUCAUAUCAUCCCGCGAUUUGCGAAGGGCAAGGUUUAUGGAAAAAAUUCUCGUGGUAGCCGCGGAGCGUCCAAGAGGGUCGGCGAUGACGAAGACUACCAAGAGUACUAUGUCAACAGGUUCGUAGAUCGAGACAUGGUUAUGCGGUUCCACUGGGGAUUGGGGGUAGGUCAUGUGUAUAGUCAUGACGACGCACCACCGGCCACAGAUGACAUGACUCCGCAGUCACUGGCAGUUCGAACUUCGACUCAAAAUCUGCCAGACGCGUCGACUUCGUACCAAACAGAUGAGACGACCGGCGAGAUCGACCGCGACAAAGACCUUCCACCGGUUCCAAUGACUCUUAACGACGGCUACGACCCCACACUCGAUGUUGACGACGCCGCGGCGGAGAGUACUGAUUCUGAGGUGGACCCGGAAUUCAAACUGGAAGAUAGGGAGGCGCUGGAAUGGGAGCUUGAAGGCAUGGAACCAGAGGAAGGGGCUCAGGAAGGACCGUUAUGUGACGAGGACUGGAUCGUGGACGAAAGCGAAGAAUCGAGCGAGGAGAGCGAUAAGGAGGGUAUUCUAGACUUGUCGGACCUCUAA